AUGCCCGCAACCACAACGCUGCUGUCCCGGGCUGGGAGCCAAUUGAGCUCGCGGGGGUCAAUUGCCCUGCGCGGCGCCCUGCCCACCUCGAGAUGCUCCGCACGCACACCAGCCCUGUCCGCGCUCGCACGCUACUAUGCCUCCAAGUCCUACCCCUCGCACAGCGUUAUCAGCAUGCCCGCCCUCUCCCCAACCAUGACCGCCGGAAACAUUGGCGCAUGGCAGAAGAAGGUUGGCGACUCAAUAGCGCCCGGUGACGUCCUCGUCGAGAUCGAGACGGACAAGGCACAGAUGGACUUUGAGUUCCAGGAAGAGGGCACCAUCGCCAAGAUCCUCCGCGACGCUGGCGAGAAGGACGUCGCUGUUGGAAGCCCCAUUGCCGUUAUGGUCGAGGAGGGCGAGGACGUCUCCGCGUUCGAGAGCUUCUCCAUUGAGGACGCCGGUGGUGACAAGAAGGCCGACACUCCCUCCAAGGAGGGCAACGCCGCCGAAGCCAGCGAGCCCCCGAACACUGGCUCCAAGACCGCUCCCCCCGCCAAGGAGGAGUCUGCGCCCGCCGCCAUCGAGUCUGAGUCCACCGGCGACCGCCUAGAGACCGCUCUCCAGCGCCAGCCUGCCGUCUCCCCCGCCGCGAAGAAGCUCGCGCUCGAGAAGGGCGUCCCUAUCGGUUCCAUCAAGGGCACUGGAAAGGGCGGCCAGGUCACCAAGGAGGACAUUGAGAAGUACAAGCCUGCUGCCCCCGCUGCCCCCGCUGCUGGCGCCUCCGCUGCCGCCUACGAGGACGUCGAGGCUACCAGCAUGCGCAAGGUCAUUGCUACCCGUCUCCGCGAGAGCAUGCAGCAGAACCCCCACUACUUCGUCGCCUCCAACAUCUCCGUCUCCAAGCUCCUCAAGCUCCGUGAAGCCCUCAACGCCUCAGCUAACGGCGAGUACAAGCUCUCGGUCAACGACUUGCUUGUCAAGGCUCUCGCUGUUGCCGCCCGCAAGGUCCCCGCUGCCAACUCAUCCUGGCGCGAGGAUGGCGGUAAGGUCAUUAUCCGCCAGCACAACACUGUCGACGUCUCCGUCGCUGUCUCUACCCCCGUCGGUCUCAUGACCCCCAUUGUCAAGAACGUCAACGGACUCGGCCUCCAAUCCAUCUCCUCCCAGAUCAAGGACCUUGGCAAGCGCGCACGCGACGGCAAGCUCAAGCCCGAGGAAUACCAGGGCGGAACCAUCACCAUCUCCAACAUGGGAAUGAACCCCGCUGUUGAGCGUUUCACCGCCGUCAUCAACCCCCCACAAGCUUGCAUCGUUGCAAUCGGCACAACAAGGAAGGUCGCAGUACCAGGCCAGGCUGAGGAUGGCACAGCGAGCGUUGAGUGGGACGACCAAAUUGUCAUCACCGGCAGCUUCGACCACAAGGUUGUCGACGGUGCCGUCGGUGGCGAGUUCAUGCGCGAGCUCAAGAAGGCCAUUGAGAGCCCUCUCGAGCUUAUGCUAUAA